CCCCGAUCCACUCUUCUUGAACAUUCUUCUUUAUUCAUUCCCUUUGGUGGCUGUUCAAUGCGUCGGCUGGCAGUACUCGUUGCAUUGGCGGUGGCUGCAGCAGCAGCAAUCGCAGUGCUUCCGCCGCCUGUGACUGCCGCCGAUGCCGGCAAGGUCGUCAUGCGCGUGGCUGCGGAUCCCGUGGGCCAGUUUGGCACCGCCGGCUCGACGGGCUCAUCGGGCUCGUCGGGCUCGGGCUCAGGCUCAGGCGGCUCGGCGGGGUCAGGUGGCGGCUCGUCGUUCAACAGCGGCGGCUCCAUGUUCCAGAACGCCGGCACUCCGCUCAGCUCCAGCGUCGAUCCCGAGCAUCCCCAUGGUCCGCCCGAAUUACUGUCGCUCGCGGGACAAUGCUUCAGCAAGCAACAAAGCAGUUACCGAUACCAGUUCUGUCCGUUUGCAAACGCCACGCAGCACGAAAUUUCGUCGCGAUGGAACCCGUACAACGGCAUUCUGGGCGUGUUUGCGCGGUGGAUGACUGCCAACAACCAGUACGCCGGCCAGCACUUGACACACGGCGAUGCAUGCGCUCGGGGCGAGAGUCGCCAGGUCCGCGUGUUCUUUGCGUGCGGUCACAGCAACAAGUUGGUCGACGUGAGCGAGCCGGCGACCUGCCAGUAUCGCAUGUUGUUCAAGACGCCGCUCUUUUGCAACGUCAGCAUGCCGGUUGAUUCCAUGCUGUACGAGUGCGGGUUGAGCAGCAACGCAACGCUGCCUCCAGCGCUGCAAGAGCAGUUUGCAGCUCUCAAUCGGGAUUUCGCAGAUGGAGCAAAGGGACUCGAGAAGGAGAAGCACGCUCUUCUCAAUUCGACCAGCCUCUGCCAUCCGUUCAAUGUGCGCCGAAAGCCAACAAAAGAAGAAACCGAGCAACGCUAUCGGGAAGAAUGCGCUCGGGCACACACAACUUCUGAUGCUCUCACAAAGCAGGUGGAAGAACUUCAAGCCCAGGUGCGUGCACUUCAAGCAUUGCUAAACUCGACAGGGGCAGCGCAGUCCACGAACUCGGCGGCCUUGGCUUCGUUGGGUCAAAAUGAGGACUCGUCAUCAACCAUCCGUCGAGCGUCCUCUGGCAACGAGCCAGCAGCAGCAGCAGCAGCAGAAAAACCUGCAGCAGCAGCACCGGCAGCACCUGCACCUGCCGUGGACGAUCGAUUGGACCUUCCAACAGAUCCUUCAUUGUCGUCGUCGUCGUCGUCUGGUGCUUCCGCUCAAUCGUCCUCUUCUGGUGAUCAACCACCAGCAGCCAUCCGCCAGCCUGUCGCUGAUCGUGAUGCUGACAAUCUGUAAACAACCUCAUCCAAACUAGUACAUUCAUCGAUUGCUUUUCGCCAAUGCAACUUCAGU